AUGUUUACGGUAUCAAUUGACUAUUUGGAUAGACGGCGGCCACCACAGCAUAUUGAUGUGGCGGCCCAGGUUGAAGCCGUGACACUGCUGGAACAAGAUUCGGACGCCGCCCUUCAUCUGCAGGCUAUGUUUCAGAAAUAUCUUGCCGAGGAAUACGGCCCCGAGAUUGACACGAUGUGUUUCCGGUGCGCGCCUCCGAACGCCGAUGUGGUGCUGAUGACCCGGAGGCAUCGUGUUAGACGCAGAGGUGCCAGGCUCUAUGAUGAAGCUCGUCACGACGAGCUCGACCAUGUCACCAUGUCGAUCACAAACUUCCCCGCCUCGAGAUCCGAGUCGUGUGAGGCGUUGCUACCUCGCCGCGUCUACGCCAUCCCAAAUCGACCGUACUCUUUUCCCGAUAUUUCGAAGCCAGUCGCCGGCUUCUAUCGCGUGCUCGCUUCUUGCGCCUACGAUCGAUUGGAUGUACU